CCCCCGCUCCCCGCCAUGGGCAACGCGGCCGGGGGCAUGGAGGGGGGGGCCGCGGGGCGGGAGAACCGCGACAACCGGCUGCCGGUGCCCCCCCCCGCCGCCGCCGCCGCCGCCGCCGCCGCCGCCGCCCCGCCGCCCGCCCGGCAGCCCAUGCCCGCCGCCGCCGAGCUGGAGGAGCGCUUCGGCCGCGUCCUGAACUCCAUGAACCUGCCCCCGGACAAGAUGAAGCUGCUCAACCAGUACGACAACGAGAAGAAGUGGGAGCUCAUCUGUGACCAGGAACGUUUCCAGGUGAAAAACCCACCCUCCGCCUACAUCCAGAAGCUGAAGAGCUACUUGGACACGGGUGGCGUAAGCAGGAAGUUCAAGAGGCGAGUGCAGGAGUCGACGCAGGUGCUCCGGGAGCUGGAGAUUUCCCUGAGGACCAACUACAUCGGCUGGGUCCAGGAGUUCCUCAACGAGGAGAACAAGGGGCUGGACGUGCUGCUGGAGUAUCUCGCCUUCGCCCAGUGCUCUGUCGCGUAUGACAUGGAGAGUGCCGAGAACGGCAGCCCGGGCUCCGACAAGGGCAAGGUCCUGGAGCGGUCGCUGGAGGACCUGAACAAAAGCAGCUCCUCGUCCCCCACCCAGGGCUCCUCCAAAGUGCGGCACCUCACCGUCAGCUGCUGCCUCUCGAACCAGCACAUCCACACCCUCCUCCGCCACGUCCACCCCAGCGUCCCCUGCAGCGCCCUGGGCAGCGAUGGGGACAGUUGCCCCAGGUCACCCGGCAGCUCCUGCCCGCCCCGGCUGAACCCCUCGCACAGCAGGAAGGCGCUGAGGAACUCCCGCCUUGUCAGCCAGAAGGACGACGUCCACGUCUGCAUCAUGUGUCUCCGCGCCAUCAUGAACUACCAGUCUGGCUUCAGCCUGGUGAUGAACCACCCAGCCUGCGUCAACGAGAUCACCCUGAGCCUCAACAACAAGAACGCCAGGACCAAGGCGCUGGUGCUGGAGCUGUUGGCCGCCGUCUGCCUGGUCCGAGGUGGCCACGACAUCAUCCUGGCCGCCUUCGACAACUUCAAGGAGGUCUGCGGGGAGAAGAACCGCUUCGAGAAGCUGAUGGAGUAUUUCCGAAACGAGGACACCAACAUCGACUUCAUGGUGGCCUGCAUGCAGUUCAUCAACAUCGUGGUGCACUCGGUGGAGAACAUGAACUUCCGCGUCUUCCUGCAGUACGAGUUCACCCACCUGGGGCUGGACCACUACCUGGAGACCCUCCGUCUCACCGAGAGCGACAAGCUGCAGGUGCAGAUCCAAGCCUACCUGGACAACGUCUUCGACGUGGGGGCCAUGCUGGAGGACUCGGAGACCAAGACGGCCGUGCUGGAGCACAUGGAGGAGCUGCAGGAGCACGUCAACCAGUUGACGGAGAAGCUGCAGGAUGCGGAGAACGACUCCAUGGCCAAGAUAGCGGAGCUGGAGAAGCAGCUGAGCCAGGCGCGGCGGGAGCUGGAGGCGCUGCGGGAGCAGCUGAGCCCACCGCGGCCACCCAGCCCACCGGCCCCGCAGCCCCAGGAGUGCUACCGGCUGGCGCUGGAGCGGCGGCUGGCGGAGCUGGAGGAGAAGGGGCUGGUGCAGAUCCUGCGUGGGCCCGACGGAGACGUCGCCAUCGAAAUUGUCCCCGUCGUCAUAGAAACCCCAGCAGCCCCCGUGGUUACCGGAGAGGCCACCGCCGCCACCGCCACCGCUGCCACCGCCACCGCUGCCACCGGCACAGAUACCACAGAUGCUCCGGCUCCGGCCCCGUCUCCCCCGCCAGCACCCGCCGCCCCCCUGCCCCCCCCGCCUCCGCCCCCCCCACCGCUGCCGGGGGCUGAGCCCGGCCCCCCGCUGCCCCCCGCGCCCCCGCUGCCCCCCGGCACCGUCCCCCCUCCAGCCCCUCCGCUCCCGGGCGCCCAAGUGCCACCACCCCCCCCACCGCUGCCUGGGGCGCUGGAGGGUCCCGUCCCCCCGCCUCCACCGCCCCCACCCCUCGGUGGGGAGCUCCCAGCUGGGCCCGGUGCCCCCCCCGCCGCCGGCGGUUCAGUGAAGGUGAAGAAGCCGAUCCAGACCAAGUUCCGUAUGCCUGUCUUCAACUGGGUGGCCCUGAAGCCGAGCCAGAUCGAUGGCACCGUCUUCACCGAGCUCAAUGACGAGAAGGUGCUGCAGGAGCUGGACAUGAGUGACUUUGAGGAGCAGUUCAAGACGAAGGCGCAGGGCCCCGCCUUGGACAUCAGUGCCCUCAAGGUGAAGGCCACGCAGAAGGCUCCCAGCAAGGUCACCCUCAUGGAGUCCAACCGAGCCAAGAACCUGGCCAUCACCCUGCGCAAGGGCGGCCGCAGCAUCCAGGACAUCUGCACAGCCAUCGAGACGUAUGACCAGCAAGCCCUGAGCCUCGACUUCCUGGAGCUGCUGCUGCGCUUCCUGCCCACCGAGUACGAGCGGACGCUCAUCGGGAAGUUUGAGCGGGAGCAGCAGCCGCUGGAGGAGCUCUCAGACGAGGACCAGUUCAUGAUCCGCUUCAGCAAGAUCCCGCGCCUGGCCGAGCGCAUGAACGUCAUGAUCUUCCUGGGCAACUUCAACGACACGGCCCAGCUGCUCAUGCCGCAACUCAACGCCAUCAUCGCCGCCUCCAUGUCCCUCAAGUCCUCCAGCAAACUGCGCAACAUCCUCGAGAUCGUCCUGGCCUUCGGGAACUACAUGAACAGCAGCAAGCGCGGGGCAGCCUACGGCUUCCGUCUGCAGAGCCUCGACGCGCUGCUGGAGAUGAAGUCGACGGACCGCAAGCAAACGCUGCUGCAUUACCUGGUGCGGGUGAUCAUGGAGAAGUACCCUGAGCUCACCGGCUUCCACACCGAGCUGCACUUCCUCGACAAGGCGGGCACAGUCUCCCUGGACGGCGUGUUGCAGGACGUGCGGAGCCUGCAGCAGGGGAUGGAGCUGACCCGCAAGGAGUUCAUGCGGCAGGACGACAGCCCCGUGCUCAAGGACUUCCUCAAGGUCAACUCGGAGGUGAUGGAGAAGCUGCAGGCUGACAGCAAAACCGCCAAGGAGGCGUACGAGUCGGCUGUGGAGUACUUCGGGGAGAACCCCAAGACCAGCCCCCCCACAACCUUCUUCCCCAUGUUCAUGCGCUUCAUCAGAGCCUACAAGAAAGCGGAGCAGGACAUCGAGCUGUGGAAGAAACAAGAGGCGGCGGCCAAAGAGGCAGAAUCCAGCCCCCCCGGCAGCGAGGAGCAGCCCGAGCUGCCCAUCCAGAAAGCCAAGCGGCAGCAGAUGGACAUGAUCGCCGAGCUGAAGAAGAAGCAGAUGGUGAAGGAGCCGCUCAUCUACGAAGGAAAAGACGGGGCCAUCGAGGACAUUAUUUCAGCUCUGAAAACUGUUCCUUUCACGGCCCGGACGGGCAAACGCUCGUCCCGGCUCUUCUGCGAUGUGAGCUUCAAUGAGGAGAGUCCUCUGUAGAUCUGCGGAACAACCCUUACCGGCGCGCGGACAAGAGCCGCGGCAGCGCCAAGAAGCGGGCUGUGGGGCAGAGCCUGCAGGCCACGCCGGACAUCUCGCUGUGACCGGGGACAGGACCAUCCUCCCCCCACGCAGACGGGACCGCAGGAUGUCGACCCGCCAGCCUGGGACGAUGUGGGGCAGAGGGACGGUGCCCGCUCCCAGCUCCUUGGCGUGCCAGCUCCCACCCUGCGUGUCCGGCGCGGGGAUCCCCCGGUGCUUGCUUCGCAAUGUCUCUGAGCUCCUCUCCUCCGGGCUGGGGGACCCUCCCGGGCACGGGCAGGGAGUGGCGGUGCGGGGGGGGGCACACAGAAUGCCCUCCGAAUUGUCCUGGAAGGAAAAGAGGGGCUGCCCCAUCCCUGCCCCAGAGCUGCUCCGCUGCACGCCCGUCCCAGGGCCAGCCCUGUGCCCCUCAGCUCGCUGGUGCCUUUGAUUUCCCGCUGCAGGAGGGGAUGGGGGGGGGUGUGUGUGAAAAAAACAGGGCCGCAGCGGUCCCCACACAUCUCCCCCCGUCUCCCCCAGCCCUUCCAGAGCCGUGCCCUCACCGCGGAGCCCGGCGGGCACAGGCUGCGCCUCCUCCCCAGCGAGGAGCCUGCUGCAAAGAUCCCAGCCUGGGCACUUGCCGUCCCCCAGGAGCUGGCAGGGGUGCUAUUUUACAGUGAUUUUAUACGUCUUCCUUAAAAAUUUCGCUGUGCUACGGGGGCAGGGACCGGGACACCCACGUACAGGGUCUCCCCAGGCUGCGGUGAGCGGCUCCUCACCGCGGGGGAGGCUCCGUAGCUCCGACCGUCAGCAGCAGGGUCAGGGAUUUAUUGUCCUCAAGUCGCUGGGAGAUGGUACCCUCCUGCAUCCUCCUGCAUCCCCGGCGUCCGCCGCCGCUGGCGGGGUUGGAGCCUCUCGGGGUCACCAGUGGCCGCGGGCCCUCGGGGAGCACGAGGCUGCUCCCCGGUACCUGCAGCUGUAGGAUGCGCCCUGCAGCCACCAACCCCCCUCCCAAACCGCUGCGGGGUCCCUGCGGGAAUCCCGUGGGAGGAGAGAGGCCGGAGAACUGCGCAAACCUCCCAAAAUAACGCGCUGGACUCGGUUCCUCCCCUGCCCUGCUGCUGCUGGGUCAAUCCCAACCGCGCGCUGUCGCAAUUAAUGCAUUGACUUUGUUAAACGGCGCCCGCUCGCCCCAUCGCGGGGCCGCCGUGUGUAUCCCCGCCAGCCCCAGCUUUCCGAGCGGGGCGAGUCCUCGCCGUGAGCCAGAGCAGCGACUGCUUCCUGCUGUAAUUAAGAUGCUACGCGCCAAUGACCGGCUCCGUUAUCGCUCCGAGGGGAGGGAAGGGACGUGAAUGUGUAACUUAUAAAUGCCUUUAAGCCAGAAAUGUAAACCAUUUAACUGCUAAUUUGUAUACAUUAUUUUUAUAUACUGAAGGCCUGUUUAAUGUAAAGCAGAACGGGUAAUAAAACGAGUCU